AAUACCGGAAGUGACCUGUCAAAACCCGGAAAAGGGUUACCGGAUUUCCAAGCUAGGUGUCCAAAAAGCAACAACAGAACAUUUAUAUUUGCAUGAAAAUCUUAAAGAGCUCGACUUAAAGGCAGGAAUAUCUGUAUGCCAGCUGACCAGCCCACUGAUCAGCAAAAUGAGCAGUGCAGGAACAGUGGAGAGUGUUAAACCUCCAAAGAUCGGCUCUAUAGUCGAGGUGACGGGGAAGGGUCAGCGCGGCACCGUCGCCUACAUCGGCGCCACCCUCUUCGCCUCCGGGAAAUGGGUGGGGGUCAUCCUGGAUGAGCCCAAAGGCAAGAACGACGGCACCGUGCAGGGGAAGCGCUACUUCACCUGCGACGAGAACCACGGGAUAUUUGUGAGACAGUCCCAGAUCCAGGUGGUGGAUGAAGGCUCCGGUGCCACUUCACCAGACACUCCUGAGUCUGGACCAGCAAAGACGCUUAAACAAAAAGACAUCCCAGAGACUCCCAGAACAACCAAGCAGACGCCAUCGAACAUAAAGAAGUCCUCUACCCGCCGUUCUGCAAAGUGGAGCGCGCCACGUCUCGCGCCGGCCACCUCGCUCCCCUCCCUCUUGGUUCGCCCCCCGGGCCGCCUCAGCUUGUCGCUCAGGGCGUCUCGUGAGAGUCUCGCGUCCCCUCUGUCUGGUGAUGUCAGCGAGGGAGGCCUGUCCUCCCAGCAGGGUGCGCUGGGCGCCCCAGUCAUGCCUCAGCCCGGAGGGUCGCCUGCAGCGGCGGCAGCAGCGGCAGCAGCAGCAGCACCGGCCACUCCAAGCAAGGUGGAACCUGCCAUAUCUAAGCAGGAGGAAGAAUCGCUGCGAGCUCAAGUGAAGGACCUGGAGGAGAAGCUGGAGACUCUGAAGAUGAAGAGGACGGAGGACAAGGCCAAGCUGAAGGAGCUGGAGAAGCACAAGAUCCAGCUGGAGCAGCUUCAGGAGUGGAAGACCAAAAUGCAGGAGCAGCAGGCCGAGCUGCAGAAACAACUCAAAGAGGCCAAGAAGGAAGCCCGGGACGCACACGAGGCUAAAGACCGCUACAUGGAGGAGAUGUCGGACACGGCCGACGCCAUAGAGAUGGCCACGCUGGACAAAGAGAUGGCUGAGGAGCGGGCAGAGUCGCUGCAGGUGGAGGUGGACUCGCUGAAAGAGAAAGUGGAGGAGCUGUCCAUGGACCUGGAGAUCCUGAGGCACGAGAUUUCAGAGAAAGGCUCAGACGGCGCCGCCUCAAGUUACCAGGUCAAACAGCUGGAGGAGCAGAACAGCAGACUUAAGGAGGCGCUGGUCAGGAUGCGCGACCUCUCGGCCUCGGAGAAACAGGAGCACGUGAAGCUGCAGAAGCAGAUGGAGAAGAAGAACACGGAGCUGGAGACUCUCAGGACUCAGAAGGAGAAGCUGCAGGAGGAAGUGAAGCAGGCGGAGGCCACGAUCGACGAGCUGAAGGAGCAGGUGGACGCUGCGCUGGGGUCUGAGGAGAUGGUCGAGACCCUGACGGAGAGGAACCUCGACCUGGAGGAGAAAGUCAGAGAGCUGAGGGAAACCGUCACUGAUUUGGAAGCCAUCAAUGAGAUGAACGACGAGCUUCAGGAGAACGCCAGAGAGACAGAAAUGGAGCUGAGAGAACAGGUGGACCUGAGUGUAGCGAAGGUCAGGGAGGCGGACAAAAGAGUGGAGGCCGCACAGGAGACUGUCGCUGAUUACCAGCAGACCAUCAACAAGUACAGGGAGCUCACAGCUACGCUCCAGGAGGCCAACAGGGAGCUGAUCAGUCAGCAGAACGCAAACGCGGAACAAGUUCAGCAGCCGCCCGCAGAGCUUUUUGACUUUAAGAUCAAGUUUGCGGAGACGAAGGCCUACGCCAAGGCCAUUGAGAUGGAGCUGAGGAAAAUGGAAGUGGCUCAGUCCAAACGACAGGUGUCCCUCCUCACCUCCUUCAUGCCGGACUCCUUCCACCGCCACGGUGGCGACUACGACUGCAUCCUGGUGCUCCUGCUCAUCCCCAGGCUCAUCUGCAAGGCUGAGCUGAUCAGUAAACAGGCUCAGGAGAAGUUCGACCUGAACGGGAACCCGGCGCAGGGAGCAGGGUUCAGAGGGCCUCCAGGAGAGCAGCGCAGCUUUGCUUCGGGCCUGGUCUACUCCCUCAGCCUGCUGCAGGCCACGCUGCACAAAUACGAGCAGGCUCUGAGCACCUGCAGCGUGGAGGUGUUUAAGCGCAUGGGCACGCUCCACUCUGAAAUGAGCUUCCACGAGCGCUCCCUGGAUUACUUCAUCGACCUGCUGUUUAAAGACCAGCUGGACGAGACCGUUCAGGUGGAACCACUGACUAAGGCCAUCAAAUACUAUCAGCAACUGUACACCGUCCAUCUGGCAGAUCACACUGAGGACUGCACCGUGCAGCUGGCUGACCACAUCAAGUUUACCCAGAGUGCUCUGGACUGCAUGGGCGUGGAGGUGGCUCGUCUCCGGGCCUUCCUGACAGCGGGACAGGAGAGCUCCGGUCUCUCGGUCCUUCUGAAGGACCUGGACACGUCCUGCUCCGACAUCAAACAGUUCUGCAAGAAGAUCCGCCGCCGCAUGCCGGGGACGGACGUGGCCGGAGUUCCCGCCGCCCUGAAUUUCGGACCACAGGUGUCGGACACGCUGACGGAGUGCAGGCGCCAGUUGACCCGUGUGGUCGCAGUGCUUCAGGAGGUGGCUGCAGCCGGAGCUCAGAUGGUUGCGUCGCUGGGAGAACAGGAGGGGCUCAACGCUCUCAAGAUGGAGGAUAUCGCCUGCAAGGCUGUGGAGCAGGUGUACGGCGCCCACGGUGUGAACGGCCCAGAGCUGCUGCGACAGUCCUGCACUUCGGUCAUCGCUACCAUGAACAAGAUGGCUACAGCCAUGCAGGAGGGAGAGUACGACGCAGAGAAGCCGCAGGGAAAGACUCCUCCGGUGGAGAUGAGAGCGUCCACCGUCAGGGCUGAGAUGACCGACGCAGAGGGUCUGGGAGUCAAACUGGAGGACAGGGAAACGGUCAUCAAGGAGCUCAAGAAGUCCCUGAAGAUCAAGGGCGAGGAGCUGAGCGAGGCCAACGUCCGCCUGAGCCUUUUGGAGAAGAAGCUGGACACCUCCACCAAAGACGCCGACGAACGGGUGGAGAAGAUUCAGACCAAACUGGACGAGAACCUCGCCCUCCUGAAGAAGAAGGAAAAGGAGUUCGAGGAGACGAUGGACGCUCUGCAGGCCGACAUCGACCAGCUGGAGGCGGAGAAGGCCGAGCUCAAGCAGCGCAUCACUACCCAGUCCAAGAUGACCAUCGAAGGCCUGAGAGGAUCACCCGCCUCAGGGAUCGCCUCCAUCGUUCAGGGAUCUGCAGGAGCAGCUCUGCCUCCAUCCAUGGCAGGGCCAAUGCAGGUGGUGGACUCUCCGCUGCUCAGGCAGCAGGUUGAAGCUCAGAGACUUGGCAUUAAACGCCUCAAGAAUGAAAACAACAGGCUCAAGGCGGAGAAGGUGAGAGCCCAGCUGGCCUCCCUGCCUCCACUCUGCCCUCCCAAGCUGCCCAAGGUGUCCAAAGAAAGCUCCAUGCCCCCGGAGGGACUGAACACGGGCAUCUACCGCAGGACCGACCAGCUGCUGGCGACCCUGCUGAAGCUGAGCGCCGAGGUUAAAGUGGUGGACAUCACCGGGAAGACGGCAGUCAGUGCCAGCGCUCAGCUCCUGGAGCAAACCGCUCGUCUUCAGAAUCUCAGCGAUGCUCUGGACAAACUCCAGGGCGAAGUAGCCGAACACGUGGUCUCACAUCAACCCGGAGCAAAGGCGUCCUCUGACUUCGCCACGUUCCCAGUCUCCUCUUUUGUUAAGGCCAAGGAAGAGAAGCAGGGAGGGACGGUGUUCGUCGGUCGCGUUGCCAUUCCAUGCACCCGUGGACAGGAGCAAGUCCACCGCCUCGUCCUGUCUCAGCAGCAGCUGCAGAAAGUGCAUCGUCUCCUCAUGGUCUAAAUCAGCGCCGGCAUCAAUCCACAGAGCUUCAACAAAAUCUUUUCUUCUUUUUUCUCUCGGCUAACGUUUCACUUCAUUCUCGUAUAUAUAUAUCACUUUUGCUUUUCACUAUUCUCAGGAAACUGUAUCUAGUUUUUGCAAACCUAUAGCACUAAUAUUAUACUAACGUUAUGUGUGUUUGUGUCGACGUAAAACGAAUUGGCGUUUGCUAACUUCCUCAGUCCAGGGUUCUUGAACGUCACAUUUCUAAAAGGCCCCAUGUUUCCGUCAUUGAAAAAUGUUUGUGCACCAAUUUUCCAAAUUUCUGUGGAAACGGGGAACACUAACGAGUCAUUUUUACUGUACUUGCAGCAAUUGGUAUGUUUUCCCCACUUUGUAUCUUUUGUAUUUGUAGUAAUUCAGACAAUAAAAGUAAGCAGUUCACUUCAGAGCAAGAAA